GGAGACAGGCACGGAGAUGUCUUAUUGUUCUUCCAACAACGAACAGGCAUCGAUCAGCGUCAACAACCUCGUCGAAAUCUCUACUAUAUGAAUCAACCGCUGGGUGCAUUUCCUGCUAGGGACAUUGCUCGCAUCUGCUAACCCUCAUAAUCUACGAUGCCUCCCAAGCAAGGCAAGAAGUAUGCCGUAGCCUAUGGAAGGCGACCCGGCGUUUAUAAUACAUGGCAAGAGGCAGAGCAACAAGUUAAAGGUUACCCCAACGCCAUUCACAAGAAGUGCAAGACCGAGGAAGAAGCCUAUCAGUGGAUUGGUAGAGCUCAUGUAGCUGCCCAGUCUGGGAACAACCCCACUCCUCAGCAAGUGUACCGCAUCGCCGCUCAGGCCAACCCCCAAAAUGGACAAUCGAAAAACAGUCAUGAACAAAAUGGGUAUUCUAGAUAUCCUACGGGUUCUUUUGGACAAAGAAGCACGUAUCCUCAAACAGGAUACUCCUACGAUCGCCCAGAGACUCCGACUGCACACACCGCGUAUGCUUUGGGUGCGUAUAUGCUACCCGCCACCCAUUCGCAAAAUCUCUACACCCAAAGCGAUCCUUGGUCCCGCAGGCCACAGGAGUAUUAUUAUUACAUCAAGGACAGCGAUUCUGAUGACUCCUUUUGAUUUUUCUAUUUUGAUACCAGGGAUUCUUAUACAUAGAUGGUAUUUAGAACACUCAUAAAAUGAGGUAAUAGAUAUCCGCUUGCUAGGAGCUACUAUUACGUUGUCUUAAUCACAAGGGUAACACCAGGAG